AAACUCUAAUUUUUAAGGCAAUAAAAAACAGAGCAUCACAACGCAAUUCUCUUUCUUUCACAAAAACAAAACAAAAAACAGAGUGAGAGUGAUCGGAAAUCUUCAGAAAUGGUGAAGAAGGCAGUGCUGAUAGGAUGCAACUACCAAGGAACGAAGGCGGAGCUCAAAGGCUGCAUAAACGACGUCAGGCGAAUGCACAGAUGCCUCGUCGACCGCUACGGCUUCUCCGAGGACGACAUCCAAAUUCUGAUCGACACCGACGACUCCUACACUCAGCCCACCGGAAAAAACAUCCGCCGGGCCAUCACCAACCUCAUCCGAUCCGCCAAUCCCCGCGACGUCCUGUUUGUUCACUACAGUGGCCACGGGACCCGCCUUCCCGCCGAGACGGGGGAUGAUGAUGAUACGGGAUAUGACGAGUGCAUCGUCCCCACUGACAUGAACCUCAUCACUGAUGAUGACUUCAGGGAGUUUGUAGAUCAGCUGCCAGCAGGUUGCCGACUGACAAUUGUCUCAGAUUCGUGCCACAGCGGGGGCCUCAUUGAUGAAGCGAAGGAGCAGAUAGGAGAGAGCACCAAGGGGCAAGGGCGCGAGUCCAGCUCCGGUGGUGGUGGAUUCAAGAAUUUUCUGAAGGACAGGGCUGAAGAUGCACUGGAAUCUCGUGGGAUUCACAUCCCAUCUGCAUUGCGCCACGGUCGACAUAAGGAAGAAGAAGAGAAGACGGAAGACAGAGAGAUCGAAACUGAAGACGGGGUCAGGGUCCGUGUCAAAGGCCGGUCUCUACCACUCUCAACACUCAUAGAGAUACUCAAGCAGAAAACAGGCAAGGAUGACAUUGACGUUGGGAAGCUGAGGCCAACACUUUUCGACGUUUUCGGAGAGGAUGCCAGCCCCAAGGUGAAGAAGUUCAUGAAGGUGAUCAUGAGCAAACUCCAAAACCAGGAGGGCGGAGGCAGCGGGUUAUUGGGGAAGAUUGGAAGCUUGGCUCAAGGGUUUCUUGAACUGAAGCUUCAAGAAAACGAUGAGUACGCAAAGCCUGCUUUAGAGACAGAAGUAGGCAGCAAGCAAGAGGUUUAUGCCGGAGCAAAUCAUCGCGCCAUUCCUGAUGGCGGGAUUCUCAUCAGCGGUUGCCAGACAGACCAAACGUCCGCGGAUGCCACUCCUCCCGGAAAUGCAGCUGAAAGCUAUGGCGCUCUUAGUAAUGCGAUUCAGAAGAUACUCUCAGAGCAAGACGGUUCCGUUUCGAACCAAGAGCUUGUUCUCAAGGCGAGGCAGGCUCUGAAGAGACAGGGUUUCACUCAGCGACCCGGCCUCUAUUGCCAUGACCAUCACGUCGCUGCUCCCUUCGUGUGCUGAUCUUAGAGUUUAUAAAUAUUUAUACAUACUGAUAAAUAAUUUCAGCGAGGCACUUUGAACUGUUCUUUCGGAAAAGGCUUUCAUAAAAUUGAUUCACCGACAUAUGACCUCGGUUGAAUAAUGUGUUGCAUUGUUAGACUGAGACGUCACGGCUCUUUGAUAUUUUUGCUGCUUUUAUCGGAUUUUCGAUUUUGUCCAUUUGAAUUUUAAUGAUUUUGUUUU